CAUUGAAGACUUAUAAAAAAUUUCGAGCACUGGCCUCAGAUAUGAAGGUCUUCAAUGCACCAUUCCAGUUAGCUAUCCUCCUUUCUUAUUGCACCAUCUUUGCUUUUGGCCUCACCUUUGGCGUCAUACUUAGUUUCCAUCUCAGAAACUUCUCACUCAAUCUCCAUGUCACCCAAUUAUCUGUCUCUACUUCCCAAUCAGAACCGCUGCAUCUGCGGCCGCCGCCGCCGCCACCACCAUCCAUCCCGGAAACCACCGGAGGUUCCAACAAAAGUACUCAGAUUGGAGUGAGAGAAUAUUUAAAGCCGCCUCUUGUCAUGCACUACAUGGAGGAUGAUGAGUUGCUAUGGAGAGCCUCAAUGACUCCUAGAAUUCAAGAAUAUCCGUUCAAGAGAGUUCCAAAGGUUGCCUUCAUGUUCUUGACAAGGGGACCUGUGUUAUUAGCGCCGUUGUGGGAGAAGUUCUUCAAAGGGCAUGAAGGUCUCUACUCAAUCUACAUCCACUCCGAUCCAUCUUUCAAUGAAUCAGAGCCUCAAAAUUCAGUAUUCCGUGGUCGGAGAAUUCCGAGUAAGGGAAUCGAAUGGGGAAAGGUGAACAUGAUAGAAGCGGAGCGUCGCCUGCUAGCUAAUGGUCUUCUUGACAUCUCAAACCAACGAUUUGUUCUUCUCUCCGAAUCAUGCAUUCCUCUUUUCAACUUCACCACCAUUUACUCUUACCUCAUCAACUCCACCAAAAACUUUGUAGAGGCCAAAGACAAACCAGGACCAGCUAGUCGUGGGCGAUAUAAAUAUCAAAUGAAUCCACACAUCAGAAUUGAACAAUGGAGAAAAGGGUCACAAUGGUUCGAGAUGGAUCGAGACCUCGCCAUAGAGGUCAUCUUUGAUAAGAAAUAUUUUCCGUUAUUUCAAAACUAUUACAGGGGCUCAUGUUGUGCUGAUGAACACUACCUACCAACAUUUGUGAGUAUGAAGUUUGGGGAGAAGAAUUCAAACAGAAGCUUGACUUGGGUUGACUGGUCGAGAGGUGGGAUCCACCCGGCUACACAUAUGAGAGCACAUGUGACCAUGGAGUUCUUGGAGAAGAUGAGGAGUGAGAACAAGUGCGAGUACAACGGGAAUACAACUAGGGUUUGCUUCUUGUUUGCAAGGAAAUUCUCCACUCAUGCAUUGGAUAGAUUGUUAAGGUUUGCACCAAAGGUUAUGCAGUUCAACAAUUAAGCCUAUAAAUCAUAAAUAUAUGGCCCAUCAAUUCGUUUUUAAUAUGGUAUUCCUGUCUUGUAUUCGUAUUCGUAUUCGUAUUCGUGGAUAGCAAGCUUUAUUAAGGGCCUGUUUGGAAGGUGUUGUAUUUUGUUUUAGCCUAAAACAGAACAAGUAUUUUGUAAUGUGGUGUUCUGAAAUGAGAACAAAACAUGUU